GCUGGGGAGGCGGGAACGAAGCCUUUGCUUCUCGUCGCCAACUUCACCUCGCAGAUGAUGCCAAUGCCGCUGCCAUUCUGCUUUCGCCAUUGAUUCCUACUUUCAUAUGUGUUAAUUCUGUUUCCGUGUGCUUUUCUUUCUUUGAUAUGGUCAAGUUUUGCGAUAGUUAGGGUAGGAGUUGUUGGGUGUGGUGACGAGGAGAGUGUGAGUGAGAGAGGACAGGGGAGUCGGGAGCAAUGGCGAUGGUGGCGAGCAGUCUCGGGUUGUCGUAUGAGGACGCUCGGAAGCAACGUGUGGAGGAGAACAAUAGGAGGAUGGCGGAGCUUGGGCUGUUCGACUUGUCCAAGAGCUUGAAAGAGGUGAAGAACGUUGCCUCGGCGAGGAAACCGCUGGCGAAGCGGAAGGUGUCGUCUCAGGAGUUGACAACGGAGGCGCGACGAUCGGGGAGAAAUGCUGGGAAGAUGGUGAGCUACAGGGAGCAGCUGGAUAUGAUGCCGGGAAUGCGUAUGCGAUGUGGGACUAGAGAUAGGCAGUCCCUGGCACGUCGGUACCUGUCCGACGCUGCACGUAUGGCUGCUGUAGAUGCGGCCGAAGAGGUUUACAAGGAUAUCAAGAACCCUGCCUUCGUGAAGCCUAUGUUGCAUUCGCAUACUGCCAGUGGCUUCUGGUUGGGUCUCCCUUCAAACUUUUGCAAGCAGUAUUUGCCACAUCGUGAUGAAAGGAUCGUUCUGGAAGAUGAGCAAAACAUGGAAUGGGAGUGUCUGUAUCUUGCUCAUAAAGUAGGCUUGAGCGGUGGUUGGCGUGGUUUCUCACUUGACCAUGAACUUGUGGACGGGGAUUCCUGCAUCUUUGAGCUUGUCGGGUCCACGAGGUUUAAGGUUUAUAUUUUUCGUUGUGAGGAACAGUUUGAGGGAGGGGAGAAGGCAGAUGGAAUCGAGGGUGGGGAAAAUGUGUCGCACAAACAUACGGAUACAGGGAACAAGAAAAAAACCGGGGGUAUGAAGUAUUACAAGAAGUCUCCUGCCUCUGCACCGCCGGAAAUUGGCAAACCAAGGAGAUUAAGCACCUCUACGCGGAAGCUUGAUCUGGAGGACAAAGAAGAAGACGAUGAUUCUCCGAAAGCGUCUGAAAUGAUAAAGAAAGAGGUUCACACAGAUUUGGAUAGCCCGUCAAAACCAUCGAAACGCAGGUGUGUCAAAGAGGAUGGUGACAGUAAAGUUGGUGAAGUUCACCAAAGUAAGAAGAAAGAUGUGAGGUCCAUGAAACAGAAGGAGGGCUGUAAAGAAGUGGUUGAUUUAGACAGUAAAGUAGGUGGCGACGAUGCCCAUAAAUAUCCAGCUCAAAGCAAUGGUAACCAAUUAGAGAUUCGAUCAUUUGGAAGAAUCACGAGGAGCUCCAUAGCCAGGUCGCUGGCGAAGUGAAGCGAGCAGGAAAUCUGAACAGGAAUUCAGUUAAACAAUCUGUGAUUACCGUCCCAUGUGGAUUAUAAGACCGAGAUGUGUGGAGGACUGCCAUUGCCAAAUGGCACUGUUGCUGAUGAGAUACUGAUAGGAAUUCUUGUAAGCUUCGCAAUGCAGAGCCCCUGUACUUAAAGUUUGAAGGAUGAAAGAACCACAAAAUAUAGCAGUUCUUUCUACCCUGAAGUUAAAGGACUUAUUCAUUGUUGUCGCAGCUUGUAAGCGAUUUUCUGUGAACACUACAGCGGAAAACUGUGUAUACAGCGACUCUAUGCAGAUGGCUUUCUCUCUUUUAAGCUCUCUUCGGCAAUUUGAGAAGCAUUGGCCCUGUCCUGAGGAGCGCAUUGCAGACGUGGAAUGUGCUACUUUUGAAGGAUGAGCUGCUGUGAGGAGUAUGGAUUAGAGGCCAUGGUAAAAGAUGUUAGCAGAUGCUUAAAUGUAUGGUGCAAGUCAUGCUAGUAGUGAGGCUUUGAGAGGCAGCAUUAGCCAUAGCGAUCUCUUCUCAAUCCCCGGCCAUCUGGGGGACCAUAGCAGGCCCCAGUAGCAGCAGCAGCAGCAGCGUAAGGUGAUGUGUACAGUAUUAGUGGUCUUGUUGGGCAAUCUGCAUUGUUGUCUGAGUCAGAUCUUUGAGGCUAGAGUUUGUGGUAUCCAAAGAUGUGUGUGUUCCAUAAGCUGUGAGAGUUUGGAUGUGUGCGUGCACAUGCAGUGUUAGGAUGAGAAGCAGGAUUUGUCACAACUGGGGUGACUUGGCAGUUGAAAGUCUAUUAAUGGUUGCACUGUGCUGACCGAGGUGAAAGAGGUAGAGAAGAGGUCUUAAGAAGGUUGGAGAGCAGGUUUCGGGGACCUGGUGAGUAUGGAUUGAUAGUAUUUUUCCACAAGAAUGUGCUGAGCUUUCGGCAGCGGUAGUUCAAACUGGUAUUGCUCCCGGAGUGUGGUUGCAAAGAAUACAAUAAUGCAUCAACAAAAGUACAUCAUCGUGAAA